AGAUUUGGCGACUUAACUAGCGUAAUGAACAAGGAGAGAUCCUCGUGGGGCUUCGUGGCCUGGGGGUCUGAGGGCCAUGGCCCGGCCCAGGGCCACCGGAGAAGAGACCAAGUCUCACAGGUCUCUCCCCCAACUUUGACUUAGUUCAGAUCUUACAGAAAGAACCUAUCAUCCAAACGAAGGAGAGUUUUGCCCCUCAAUCACCCAAGGACUCUGCCAGUUCAGCUCCCACGCCCCUGUCUGUUGUUGGGGAAGAUAGGUGUCGGGUUACCAGUCCAGGGGCUAUAGUUAGCCCCGGGGACUUUGUCCAGCUGUUUGUUCAGGAUCUGCGAUCUGCGAGCGCCUGCCGGCACUUCAGCUCCAGUCAGCCGCAAAGAACCAUAGCCCUGGGCCGGGCCGCUCUCUGUCUCAACUUCUUCCAGCUUCACCCCUCAUCCCUCCUGAGUUCCAGUCCUUGACUAAGGACCCUCCUAGGCUGAAGGAAGGAAGGUCCUGGAGCCCAUCCAAGCCAGCACUCCCCUCCACUGGCUUCAUCAUCAUCAGGGUCCUGCUGUCUCGGGACUCGUCCUAGGAUGAUUCUGGAGGAUCUGCUGAUGGUCCUCAGCUGCCUCAGCUUGCACGCCCUCUGGAAGGUUCGAGCUGUUCCUAUCCUGCCCCUGAGCCUGGUUCCAGAUACCUUUGAUGAUGCCUAUGUGGGCUGCUCUGAGGAGAUGGAGGAGAAAGCAGGCCUGCUGCUAAAGGAAGAGAUGGCACGCCAUGCCCUGCUGCGGGAAUCCUGGGAAGCAGCACAAGAGGCCUGGGCACACCGGCGUCACAAGCUCACUCUACCUCCUGGCUUCAAAGCCCAGCACGGAGUAGCGAUUAUGGUGUACACCAACUCAUCCAACACCUUGUACUGGGAGCUGAACCAGGCCGUACGGACAGGAGGUGGCUCCCGGGAGCUCUACAUGAGGCACUUCCCCUUCAAGGCCCUGCAUUUCUACUUGACCCGGGCUCUGCAGCUGCUGCGGGGCUCUGGAGGGUGCAGUAGGGGACCUGGGGAGGUGGUGUUCCGAGGUGUGGGCAGUCUUCACUUUGAACCCAAGAGGCUGGGGGACUCUGUCCGAUUAGGACAGUUUACCUCCAGCUCUGUGGAUGAGAGAGUGGCUCGCAGGUUUGGGAAUGCCACCUUCUUCAAUCUAAGGACUUGUUUUGGGGCUCCUAUCCAGGCGUUGUCUGUCUUCCCUGAGGAGCGUGAGGUGCUGAUACCCCCACACGAAGUCUUCUUGGUCACUGGGUUCUCCCAGGAUGGAGCCCAGAGCAUAGUGACUCUCUGGAGUUAUGAUCAGACCUGCAGCCACUUUAACUGCGCCUAUUUGGGUGGGGAGAAGAGACGUGGCUGUGUGUCCUCAAGAGCAGUCGGGCAGCCAGAGGCACCCUCCACAGAGGCUCUGGCUCUGCAAUCAGGAAAGACACUGCUCUUGGACCCAAGGAAGCUGCAGCUCUCCAGAGCUGGACCCUGAAAGCCUCUUAGGACUCUUGGGAACUAAUGACCUUACUAUGAAGAAGGGGCUUUGAACGGCUGCAGGAAGCAGGAGUGUGGUUCUGGUUCCAGUCCUAGGAGCCACCUGUCCAACCAGAGUUGGAGAUCUGAGGCCAUGGCAGGGUUGAGGGAACCCCACAGUGUGGUGGGAACUUCCUAGGACAUGCAAGGUAAAGACUGGAUGGCUACUCAAUUAAACAGAGUUGUGGUGUGGA